UUCCGCGAGUUUGCAUCCGCGCCUGCACCCACGCGAGCGAAGAGGGCUAGGGUUUCUCUCCCUAUCGAUUCACACCCGCAUUCGCGCCGCUCUCCCCACCCCUCUCCUCUCUCCUGCGAACGGAUCUCGCCGCCCCGUCGCCUCGUGGGCACUCGCCGGCGCGCAUCCUCUCCGCGCAGAGAUGGAUGACAACGGCAAGACCCGAGAUUCGCUGAUAGUGCAAGCUGCUGGUUUGGUUGCUGUUUUGUGUGCCUAUAUGGCCACAAUAACUACAAGGGCUAGAAUUACAUUCUAGUAUCAAUUAUGAUUCCCUCAAAAAAAAGUAUCAAUCAUGAUGACAUAAUUGGACACAAGAAAUUAUGUGCAAAGUUAUGUGUAUGUGUUAAUGUACGUGGCAGAUAGCACUGUCAUAAUCCACCUGAUAAUCCAUGAAUAUAAACCUUAAAUUCGUAAUGAGACUAACCAAAACAUGGGGAAUGGAGAAAAGGUACCUCAAAUCGGCUGGCCCCUGCAACUGCACACCGCCGGCCGCAGGGCAGGACUGCUGCCGAGUGCGGAAUGGGCGGCUGCCGGACGCCCAAAGGCAGAUCCGCCACUGAUCAGCGGCAAUGGCGAUCCGACACUACUGGUCGAUGGCUGUCGCGGCCGUCGGGUUCCGCCUCGUUCUGGUGCUCUUCGGCGGAGACCUCCACCUUGCCUCCCGCCCGGAGGUCUCCACCCCCCUCACGUCCCUCCGCCGCCUGGCAGAAGGAUACUGGCUGAAGCAAGCGUCCAUGUCACCCUAUUCCGGUUUGAUGUAUCAUGGUUCCCCUUUGCUUUUAUCAGUUCUUGGUCCGCUAACCAGCAAAAGGUCAGGUGGACACCAUUCUCAUAUAUAUUGCAGUUUGGUUUUUGUGGCUGUAGAUUUUAUAGCUGCUAUGCUCAUUCGAUCAACUGGGCGUUCACUCCAAAUGGCACGUAACAGAAGUUUGAAGUCUCUUGACCUCACAAAAUCAGUGAACAAUUCUGUGAACGUAAGCACAGGAGAUACUGCUUCUCUAAUAUAUCUGUGGAACCCUUGGACAAUAAUCACCUGUGUGGGUUCAUGUACAUCACCAAUUGAGAAUUUAAUGGUCGUGAUAAUGUUACAUGGAGCCUGUUCACGUCUUGCGCCGCUUGCUGCCUUUGGAUAUGUCAUGGCAACACACCUUUCUCUUUAUCCUGCAAUUCUCAUUCUACCUGUUGCUCUUUUAUUGGGUUAUGGUCCAGAUACUCCGCCAACCAAAGUAUUUCUUCAGAAAGGCUUGAGUGCCAGUAAAAUUGACAUGUUAGAUAAUGGAAAAGGUACUAACCAAAAAGGUUUUGGACAAUUCUCAUGGAAACCAAUACUCCACUUCAUAUUGUGGGUGUUUAUCUGGUCAUGUUAUGUGCUGUUAUUGAACAGCAUUAUUCUGAAUAAAGUGGGUGGCCUUCAGGAGAUGUUUGAAAAGACAUAUGGCUUUAUCCUUACAGUGAAGGAUUUAUCACCAAAUAUUGGUGUGUUAUGGUAUUUCUUUGCCGAAGUCUUCGACUUCUUCAGAAGCUUCUUUCUUAUAGUCUUUAAUAUGAACAUCAUUUUUAUGGUCUUGCCAUUGGCUAUCCGUUUGAAGCAUCGACCGUUCUUCCUUGCCUUUGUUUACACAGCAAUUGUCGCAAUGCUGAAAUCUUAUCCCUCGGCUGGAGAUUCAGCUCUAUAUCUAGGACUUCUAGGCCUAUUCGCCAAUGAAUUAGCGGAGAUGCAAUUCACGUUCUUCUUGUUUUUUGGAUAUAUUGGAGUCUCUCUCCUUAGCCCUGUCAUGCAUAACCUAUGGAUCUGGAGGGGUACUGGUAACGCAAAUUUCUACUUUGCGACUGGUUUAGCUUAUACCUGCCUUCAGACCGUGUUGGUCGUAGAGACUGUAAGUUCAAUGAUAAAGCAUGACAGGAAACUAAGGCUACUUACAAAAGCCUAACAUCAUUCCUCAGAAGGUCAGCACGUCAGAUUCUUUCCUUGCUGGUUCCCUAUGAUGCGAACUUGCGACCAGUUUGUCGUUCUGGGAUUCUGGGUAGAUGUAGUGGAUGAUGUUUCAUGUCAUGUUGUAUUUUACCUCCCACAUUUGUACAAUAUGGAUCAGAUUGCUUAAUCAGGAUUAGAGAAAGACUAUAUAGGUUUCUCCCUCGAAGCUAACUAUAGUCGGUACUGAAUUUCUCCGUGGAUGCCUUGAUUACUGCCUUCUCUGAUGUUGGUGAAAUUAAUCCCUGGUAGUCUUUGCAAUCA